GGAGUCCCCACCACGGAGUCCCCAGUGGGCGUCGACUUGAGCCUCUGCACGAUGCUCGAGCGAUUGGACAUUGACCUGGGUCCGGAGCUCGUGACUGACGGGCAGUCGCUCGACGAGCUCAAGGCGAUGCCCAACUCGUGGGACUCCGCAGUUCCUGUCCGAAACAUUCAUCUCGUUCCAGUCAUUCCAAGCGAAUUUACUCGGCAAUGCUUUGCAGACCUUCUCAGUACGGUUGGUCGAGUUCUGGAGGAGUUGUUUCAUGACUCUUAUGCACCACCGAGCGGGGACGGAGAGGUUGGCGAGCAGGGCAGGAGAUGGCGGUUAUGGGUCGACGUAUGCGACUGGGAAGUUUGGCGAGAUUGGUGGUGGACACAUGUCCAGAAGUGCUUUCCGACGUUGGCGAAGUCACAUGGGCUCACGAUGAACUUCGACCCUCCACCGCUCGACCUAUUCAAAUGGAAAGAUAGUGAUGCACUACGAUCAAUACUCACAAGUACUCCCUAGUGAACUGGCCCUGGAAUCAACCAAGCUGCUGUUGGCUGCGCUGCUGUACUCUCACAACAUUGUGGAAACUGAGGCGACGUUUACGCAAGCCAUACGUUAUCCGAUCGCACUCGAUCGCGCGGUCAUUGGGUGGGAGGAAGAGCAGGGUCUGUCUGGGUUCAAGAUUAGGGAGCGGAGCGAUCGCAAGCAAGGCGGAAGGCCGGUGUAGGGACAUACGGAGGCAAAGUAUUCACGGAAGUGGCUUGACAUGGAGGGUUGAAGACAGUUUUGCAGGUUCUGUCUAUGUCCGCAGUUUAGGUUUCGUCCCGAUAUGUAUUCUGU